UGCAAGAACUCUUCUUAAGACUCCAAAAUCAAUAGACUUCAGUGAAAAAUGUGGUGGAAAAUAUAUAUACUUUGGAAUGAAAACGGAUCUACUGAAAAUAUUAAAAUUGAAAUCAUUUUCUUUAGAAGAGAACACUGUAAAACUUAAUUUUAAUAUCGAUGGAAUACCUUUGUUCAAGUCAACAAGUGCACAGUUUUGGCCUAUUCUUUGCAGUGUAAACAGUUACACACCAUUCAUGAUCUGUAUUUUCUAUGGAGAAGGAAAGCCAAAUUCACUCGAAGACUUCUUGUCUGAUUUUUUAACAGAAUUAAGUGAACUAAUCCAGGACGGAAUAAGUUUAGAAGAUACGUUGAUAAAGGUUGAAGCAAAUGCUUUUAUAUGUGAUGCUCCAGCUCGUGCAUUUCUGAAAUCUAUUAAGGGCCACACUGGUUACAAUGCCUGUGAAAGAUGCACCAUACAUGGCUACCACACAGAUCAUCGUGUCGUUUUGGACUCUGAUCAUUCUUGUGAACUUAGAACUGAUAAAGCCUUCAACGCAAAUAGAUACCGGGACACUGGGCACCAAAUGGGAGAAACACCUUUAGUUACGUACGGAAUCAAUUGUGUUAAAUCUUUUGCGCUUGAUUACAUGCACAUGGUAUGUUUAGGCGUGGUAAAACGUAUUCUUGGAUUUCUAAAGCAGGGACCAACUAAUUGCAGGCUAUCUGCACAACAAUUAACCCAAAUUUCAACAAAUCUACUAAUGUACUCUGGCAAACUGCCAUCUGAGUUUGCUCGUCAACCUAGAACAUUAUAUGAUUUUGAGCGCUGGAAGGCGACAGAGUUUCGGCAAUUUUUGUUGUAUACCGGUCCAAUUGUCCUCAAAAAGGUAUUGACAAAAGAUAUGUAUGAACACUUCUUGUGUUUAUCUGUCGGCAUGUCCAUUCUUCUAGAGAGUGAUAAUGAAACAAGGAAUUUUUACUUGAACUAUGCACGGGAAUUACUGACAUAUUUUGUUACAAAAAGCAAAGAAUUUUACCACCCGAAAUUCAUUGUUUACAAUGUACAUUCACUUAUUCAUUUAGCAGAUGACUGUGAACACUUUAAUUGUUCGUUGAAUGAUAUUUGCGCUUUCCCUUAUGAAAAUCAUUUGCACUCAGUCAAAAAACUUGUUAAAAAUGCUAAAAAUCCAAUAGUUCAAGUAGCUAAAAGGAUCCAAGAGAGGAGUUAUACAGCUAAUGUCACAAUUAAACAGAAAUCUACAUUUAGUGUUAUUUCCACAAAAGAAAAAAACAACUGUUUCCUACUACAAGAUGGAACAUACGCCUUUGUGAAAGAAAAAAUUGACCAAAAAACUCUGCUAUGUCAAAUUCUGAAACCAGAACAAGCCGAGAACUUUUUCACCAAGCCCUGUGAGUCAAAGCUUUUCAACAUUGCUUUCAGGAAGAAUAAUCUGCGACUGAAAAGGAAACGUGUUGCUGUUGGUGAACUGUAUAAGAAGCUUGUGAGAUUUCCAUUUGAAAGGGGAGUUGUCCUCGUACCCAUGCUUCAUACAAUUGAGCACUGAGCAAAAGAAUGUACGCUUUAGUAGUGUGGUUGGAAAAUGGAAUUGAGGUAGAGGGAGUCAUUCCAAUUUCCUGGGUGGACUUCAUAGAAAAUGUGAUAUAUUGGCCACCUGGAGUGGACGCAAAACCCUACAUAGAAAAACUCAGCACGCCACUAAUAACUUCCUGGAGAUCCUUUCCGUUGAAGAAAGUUAAACAUAAGUCUGAACAGAAGUCUGAAUGUGAUGAUUAUACUUUCACAACAACUCAAGAGACAGAUUCAGAGGAGGAGGAUCUGAAACGGAAGCCAAAGAAGAAGAGCUUUCAAGAUUAUGUAACUGGUUCAGAAACAUCAGAUGCUUGUGCUACAGGCGGUACCAAAACUGGAGAUUCUGAACAUGAGAAAUCCAAUUCUGACACAUCAGUUGCUUGUGCUACAGGAGUAACUUAUACUGGAGGCUCUGAAUAUAAGAAAUCUGGAACAUUGCCAAUACCACCAAAUAAGAAAAAAAGUACAUCACAAGCAGUUAUAAGUCCAGGAACAAAUCUGGCCUCCAAAAGUCAACUUUCUGGUCUGUCCCAGACUAAAACUUCUACAAGUCAGUCCCUGACCAAAUAUAGUAAAAGUUCUAAUUCUGGUCAGUCCCAGACCAAAACUGCUUCAAGUAAGUCCAUGACCAAAAAUAGGCAAGGUUCUAUUUCUGGUCAGUCCCAAACCAAAAUUGCUCCAAGUAAGUCCCAGAGCAAAACUACUCUAAGUCAGUCCAAGAGCAAAAGUACUCCAAGUCAGCCUCAGGCAAAUAAAAGUAGUUCAGGUUCCCUUACUGGUCAGAACAAGACCAAAACUAUUUAUAGAUCACGGUCAAGGUCCUCUUCCAUGUCAAGUUUACCAUUGAGGUCAAGGUCUCAAAGUAGGUCUAGGUCAAGGUCGUCUUCAUUAGGACAGAUUAAUAUGUCACCCUUUAUGUCCAGCACUAUGUUAGAAGACAAGUCAUGCAGGUCAAGGUCUAGAUCAAAAUCCAAUGAGUCUAGAUCAAGGUCAAAAUCUAAAACGUAUCGCCAUAAUCGUUCCCACAGGUCUAGGUCAAAAUCAUAUAGGUCUAGAUCAAGAACAAAUGAAUCUAGUUCUCAGUCAAAAAAUAAAGAGUAUCGAAAAUACAGGUCUCGGUCAAAGUCAUACAGGUCUAGAUCUAGGUCAAGAUCCAAUGAAUCAUAUGCUAGGUCAAUAGACAGGUCCAACAGGUCAUCCCGCAAGUCAUUUGACCGAUCAGACAGGUCAGUUGUUCCCCCGGACAACUCAACUCGGAAGUCAUCGACUAAUAAAACUGAGGACAAAUUUCCUAUGCCAGAAGCACGAUUUCAGAGACGUGUUCUGUUCAAACUCUGCGAGUUAAGUGCAGAAAUACAGUCUUUGAAAAGAAUAAAAAGUGUACGACAAGUCGGGACUGUUGAAGAAGAGGACUUUUUCCAGGCAGAUUCUAUUGAUGAGUUCAAUCUGUUGGACGAGAGAAUAAAAGGACCAGAGGAACGACAAAAAAUGGUUUAUCAUCUUUCACUGAUUGGUGGAGCAAAUACGAAGCAGGCUGUGCAGAACAUAUUAGAAAGAUUGAUGUCUAAUAGACUGAUGUCUAAAUUCAACUCAAAGGGAGUUAAAGGGAAGCUAUCGUUUGAAUCAUCAGAGACAUUCAAAGUUGUAAUUGCUAGUGCCAUGAAGGGAAACAAUGAUAUUACAGAACACCAAGUCAAGGAAGUUAUCAGCUACCACCUGAAAUACGCCCCAUACAGGAAAGGAGCAAUCCAGAGGACAAUGAAAUCAAAAAGCUAAAAAGGAUGACAAUGCCAAUAAAAUCCUGUGCAUACCAUUGAUAUAAGUUGAAAACAUCGAGUCAAAAGGUGAAUCCUGUGUCAAGUCCCUGCUUUGUGGACAUAAGUCUCCGACCGCGGAGCUCUUCUUGAAUAUUAUUGGUUUGGAAUUUAGAUUUUGUAGGGAGGUUGUACGUUGCAUGAUAGUUAUUUGGUUGGGAGAAGGUUGCAGGGAGGUUGGGAGAAGGUUGCAGGGAGGUUGGGAGAAGGUUGCAGGGAGGUUGGGAGAAGGUUGCAGGGAGGUUGGGAGAAGGUUGCAGGGAGGUUGGGAGAAGGUUGCAGGGAGGUUGAGAUUAAGUUAGAAUCCGACGUUGGGUCAACGUUGAAAAAUGACGACGCAAAAGUUUGCAAAAUCAACCACCAUCCAACCUUCUCCCAACGUUAGAAUCUGACGGUGGUGCAA